AUGACCCAGCAAACUGAGAUAAGCCCACACUCAGAUCUGCGUGCAGUUUCACCAGUUGGUGACUCAGUCCACUACGAUAUCUUGAUGCCGAUUGAUGAUCAUGGGGUAAAUCAUUCGGUUGCUGCUGCACCUGAAGGGUUUCAUGAUUUCUUUAAUGGAGCUGGAGUAUCGUUAUCGGGUGACUUUGGAGAUGGCACAUGGCCGACUGGAUUUAGUCCAGGGAGCUUUAUUUAUCCAUCACCUGGGCUUCCAGGGACUGGCCAUUCGGAAGUUGGAGCUUCAUCGAAUGCAAACUGCCUUCCAUUGCUUAUGCAGGAGAAUGGCUCAUCUAUUUGCCUUGAUACGCAGGGUAUAAUCACACCACAAUUGCUCGGCAGUAGUGGUGAUAUGGACCCUUUUCUGAUUGGUCGUUAUCGAUACGACACAUCUGGGGCUUCUCAUUUCAAAAAUCUCAGUAUUCACUCUGUGUCUUCAGGACCCGAGCCAACUCAAUUUUUACUGUCAAAUCCCUCAAUAUUUGCUGCCAGCAGAGAAGAAAACGGAUGCGAGAACGUUUCGACCCUUGAAUUGAGGCAGGAACUCGAGUCUUUGGUCCCAGCAGAUAUCGGUCUCAGACUUAUUAACUUAUUUGAGAGAAUCAUCGCACCGGAUUACCCGAUACUUGGUUUACCAGGCCAAUUAAACCCCAACACCAGCCCGCCAUACCUCCUUGCGAGUGUAUACCUAAUAGUCGAGCCCUUCACUAAAUUUGACGAAAGACUAUGCAUUGAUCUCGCGUAUGAUAAGCCAUCAGGUGUGGCACUAUACGAGAUUAUCAACAAAGCGCUUCCAUAUGAGAUCCACGCACCGAAGCUUUGUGUUGUGCAGACAAUGCUUCUUUUGGCCAUUCGACCUUAUCCAAACCCAAUUGUAUUGGAUAGUGGCUUCAGAUGGUCCCAGCUCGCCACCCUUGUUGCUUGCGCUCAUACCCUUGGACUACAUUUAGAUCCAAAGUCAUGGCGAAUACCUCCAUGGCAAAUUGCGCAGCGACGUCGUUUGUCGUAUUUCAUUUAUUCGACAGACAAAUGGCUUGCGUUGAGCCUUGGUCGGCCACCUUUACUGCAUCAUGAUAACUGGCUCGUGACAAGUCUUAGUCAAGAGGAUCAACCUGACAGUGGACUUGACCCUCUAGCCUGGAUGAAUAUCAUGAAGCGAGCGGAACUCGACGCAAUACUUGAUCGUGUUCUAGCGCAAUUAUAUUCUCCUCGUGCCAUUAAUACCAUGUGUACUGAUAACCACAAGACCGUCGCAUUAACCGGUCCACUGCUUGAAAGUCUCUUCUCUUGGCAUAGACCAGUAUCUGUACCAUCGACCGAUGUCAGAUCAUUGAAUCAAGGCAGACCAAUCGGACUAGAAAGAACACUCGAGAUGAACUACCAUUAUAUUCAUCUGAGUAUUUCCAGGGCUAUUUUGAGGCCGUUUCUGCAGCCAACCGUUGAAAAUUUGAAUGAGGCCGAAUAUAUAAUGGCGCGUGAGCAGGCUCGGAUCCGGGCAGAAACCUGCAUUUUGGCAGCAGCGGAGUUCAUUCACGAGCUGCGUCCGGAAGACUUCGAGGUUUUAUGGCCGGCCUGGAGUGCGACUGCAUUCUCGUCCAUCUGUUUCCAAAUUCUGAAUAUGGCUGCCACCUCCAUUGAUAGGAACGAGGCAGACAAAUGGGUCACUUGUCUGAACAAAGUGCGCCGGGAUAUGCGCCUGAAGGCUGACGUUUUGCCUUGCCUCCAUCUUGGCCUUCUGCGGAUUGACUCCAUAUUUUGGAAAGGAGUUGAUAGUGUGUUGCAUUUGGAAGAGCAUGUCCAACAAGCAUUCGCGUCUGGCUCAAGCAUUGGUCGAGCCGGUCCAACCAAGUGA